AUGGAUGAUAACGUUCAGCAAGUAGGUUUCUCUCACUGUCACACAGGACAGAAAUAUGUCUGAGUAGGAGGUGUGAACUCUAACUUUUUUUUCUCUCUCGCUCUCACAUUACAUAUUGGGUGGUGGACAUACAUUAGCAAGUUACUGUCUAGAUAGCUACAUAACGGAGUAUCGGCACCUGUUUUUCUAAGACAAAGCGUGAAAACAACACCCACAACAGUUGAAACACCACGGCAGAGAAAGGAAAUAAAUCCUAACCCAAACAUCAGAGAAGCCUCUCGGUAACAAAGAGAGAAGAAUCGGUCGGUGAGAAGAGUGCCACUGCCAGCCCUGCAUGUCCUGUGUGCUCAGCUGGCGCAACAGUUCACGAUAAACCUACACAUUGACUCACAGUCAAGAUGGUGCGUCCAUUGAUACUGCUACUACUUCAGCCAGGUAACAGAGCUUCUACAACAAAGCUGGCAUCGUCUCACUCCCCUCCCAGGAAGGCCAGGAAGGUCCAUGAUCCGGACAGUACCUUCAAAAGUUUUUUUUAGAACUAACCCAAGAUAGACCAGAGCCUGUCGUUUCCAAUUGGAGAUCAUUAAUCAUUGUGGGCAGAACAAGCAAGGAGGUGGGCAGAGCCAAGCACGAGCUAGUGAGAUCCUAUUCGCGUGUUCUAGCAUUUAUUUGCAUAUUUCCGUUAGGGAACGCCUACUCUGUGAAGUAUGGGUGUGCAAUAACUCAAUUCGCCAUUUUUUAGAAACUUUGGCAAAGGGUAAAGUCUACAAAACGCAGUCCAGUCUGUUUGUUACAUGUUUUGGUUUUAGAAACAGAAAACUGUAUGGAGAUUAAAUGUUUCAUAGAUGAGAAAAUUAGCAAAAUGUCGGGCAAAAUCAUCUAGCUCCAUCUUCUCCCAGUGCCGGCCACUGGGCUUCCUGUCAUCACCAUAUUUGGUAGUGAGUGGAAACUCUUCUUCUUCUUCUUCUUCUUCUUCUUCUUCUUCUUCUUCUUCUUCUUCUUCUUCUUCUUCUUCUUCUUCUUCUUCUUCUUCUUCUUCUUCUUCUUCUUCUUCUUCUUCGCAGGUAACCACCAGAGAGAUGAGCAGUAAGACUGUAGUCAGGACCAUUGACCUUGGUAGCAGGCUGUCCUCUAAGUUCUCCAGUAGAGGCCUGAAGGAAAGCCUGAAGUCCCCUGAGGACCUACAGUUACAGUCGCAGAUUGAUGACAUCAUCACCAUCCAGGAAUCCCCAGAGAAAGACAGGUCUGAGGAACUGAGCAGCUCUCAGAAGGAGAACCAUCUCCCUCAGGCAUUAGGUGACCAGACAACAUGCUUAAUGGACACAGAGACAACAAAUGACACAGUAGAAAGUCACAGUCCUAUAUCACUGGGCAGACCUCAGGCAGAAAGCAGAGAAGAACCUUUCAACAUUUAGAAUCCAAAUUUGAUUCUAAAUUAGAAUCCUUGUCUCCGGUGGUUCUCGUGGCCCCGCCACCUCUGUCCGCUGGUCCAUCUAGACUGAACAAGAGGAAAAAAGGAGCGAAAGCAGAGGUCUCUGUUAAAACACAGAGGACGUCUAUUCACAUCAAGAAAGGCCGAUAUGAGAAGAGCGAUGGUGAGAACCAGAUGAGAACCUCACUAGAAACAAACAGCUGAUGAUGAUGAUGAUAAGCAACAUUGAACAGAAGAAUCUUCAGCUGGUAACUGUGACACUCCAUUGAAGAGCAGCUCAGAGGUGCAUGAGGAGGCUCGUGAGAGAAGCACCAGAGGAAGAAAAAAUGACAAUUUGACAAAGAAGGAGGAGAACAAGAAGAAGAAGAAGAAUCCACAGUGAUUGAUCAGCUGACACAGACAGAAUAACUGAUAAGGAAGCAAAGAGCAAUACCACAGAUUCAAAGUCACCACGGUUACCGUACUACCUGUGUAACUUCCUGACCGUGCUAGUGACGGUGCUGGAGAUGGAAGAUGAUAGGAUGCUGUUCAACCAAGAAGAUCUCUCAGCCAUACACAGCUUUGAACGUCUGUCAGGAAUGUAGAAUAGAACAGAAACGUUAUUCCACAUGACUGCCUAUGACAGAUGUUAUAAGGUCUUAUAAAGCUGUUAUAAGGGCUUUAUGAAUGCAUACCUAAGGAAGGCUACAGGAAAGUGUUCUGCAAAUUUGUUUUGAACAUACAUAAAAAAUUUAUAACACAAGAUAAUAUAAAAUCACAACAUACAAAGUACAAUUAAUUACAUGUAGCAAUACCCCUUUAGCAUUUUGACUACUAUUUUAUCAUCAACCAGCCUUGCUAAUUUGCCUUUCCUUCCACUCUGUGACAGGUCAGAAGAAACUGAAGUGGCGCCAGGUCAACAAGCUGAACUAUGACGAGAUUAGCACUGACCUGGGACCUGUAGCUCAGAAGCUAGUGGAAGGAGGCUUCCUACAGACAGGUCAAUGAAUGGACUUGGAUGGUAUCAUGCUAAAUGCUAACACUUCAAUGGACUUGGAUGGUAUUAUGGCUAGCUAAAUCAAUGCUAGCACUAUGCUGAGAUUAGCACUGACCUGGGACCUGUAGCACAGGAACUGAUUGAAGAAAGCUUUCUACAAACAGUUGAAUGAAUGGACUUCAAAUGGUAUUAUGCUAAAUGCUAAUGUUUGGAUGGCUAAGUGCAUUGCUACUGCCUUCCUGGGAUCUAGAGGAACUGUAGCCCUGGAUGCAGACGUGCCUUUUCUUUUCUGAGUCAGUAUUGACUGUGCUUCUUGAGUGUGUUGUGUUAUGGUGCGGAGGGUUGAAUUUCCACUCUGUCACACUAACAGUGGGAAGUCACUCAAAUGAUCAAACCCUAACCAAUCCCUACCAUCCAAUGCCCAACAUCCUCAACUGGUUUUUCCAGACAGUGACCUCCAGGAGCUGGGGGAGGUUCUGGGGACCUGCUGCCUGCCCCCCGGAGCGCCGUAGCCUGGCUAAGACCUUCCACCUGCGGGGCCCUGGGUCUGGCACCCAGAAACAUCAGCUGGUGGAGGGACUCCUGAAGCUGCGCAGACAGAGGUCUCUGUUCACCCCGGCCGCUGGACUGAGCAACACUGGAACUGUCAUAAUAAAGCUAAAGAGGUGAGGAAUUAAAAGAGGGGAGACUUCUAGUGACAAUAUUACAGAUGCAUUCACAGCAGUGGAGGCUCCUCAGAGGAGGAAGGGGAGGACUAUCCUCCUCAGUGAAGUUCAUAAAAAAAUAAAAAAAAUAGUGAAACAUUCAAAAAGUUAUCAUUUUUAGAUAAAACUAUACUAAAUAUAUUCACGUCACCAAAUAAUUCAUUAAAACACACUGUUUUGCAAUGAAGGUCUACAGUAGCCUCAAUAGCACUCUGUAGGGUAGCACCACGGUGUAGCCGGAGGACAGCUAGUUUCCGUCCUCCUCUGGGUACAUUGACUUCAAUACCAAGCCUAGGAGGCUCAUGGUUCUCACUUCCGGAGGACGUCCUCCAACCUAUCAGAGCUCUUGCAGCAUGAACUGACAUUUUGUCCAUCCAAUCAAAGGAUCAGAGAAUGAAUCUAGUACUGAAAGCAUAGGCUACAGCUAGCUAGCACUGCAGUGCAUAAAAUGUGGUGAGUAGUUGACUCAAAGAGAGAGAAAGACAAUAGUUGAACAGUUUUGAACAAAUACAUUUCUUCAAAAAUGAAGGAGAAGCGAGAGAGAGAGAGAGAGUGAGCUAGCUAUAUUUCAUAGUAUUUUUUUCACUUUAACUUUCACUUACUUAGCUAGUGAAUGCAGCCAGCUAGUUUAGCCUACUCAAACACCUGACUCAAACAGAGAGGGAUGCUAUGUUAGCCAGCUGGCUAUGGCUAUCCAACACUGGAACUCUUCCAAGUCAAGGUAAGCUUUUGGUUUUAUUAAUUUAUUGCCACUGGGGCCGCUGGUGUAACUGCUAAACUGUGUGCUGACUGUACACGGUACUGCAUGAUUGUAGCGGGUUUUCUAAUGUGUUAGUUCUAUUAGCUAUGUUAACUAUGACGUUAGCUAGCUAAUAUGGUGACAAUGAUGUAGGCUGUGUGUAGCGGUUAGCAGUUAUGAUAUAAAGGUUUGGCUUGGAAACGUUUUUUCGCCUGAUCACAGACAGCUGAUGUGUUGUGCACUGAAGUCCACAAGCGAAGAGAAAAGGUGAGAGGAGGAGAGCGCGUAGAUUGCGGAAGGAAUUACAAUGAGCAAAGUGAUGAUGCUGUUGGUAUGUGGCUGCUAUGAAAGUGAACUGUGUUUGCGUGUGAUCAGGGGUGUAUUCAUUCCGCCGAUUCUGUUGAAAAACUUUUCUUAAACGGAAGUAAACGGAACGAAACGGGGAUAAACAUACCUGAAUUUGUCCAAUGGAAACUCUCGUUUGCAACUGUUGGGCUAAUGAUUACAACCUAGAUCAGCUAGAUGCAGGCAAGAGUGUGCAAGGCGGUAUUGAAUGUGUCACUGUCUGUCACCUUGAUUACAAAAAAAAAAUAUCUCGACCAGUGCACCUACGUUGUUAACUUUCAUUCAUAGGCUAGGUUGUAGCAACCUGAUGAUGGGUAUAGGGAAAAUUUGAAUAUGUAGUAGCCUAAACCAAUCGAUGUUACAUUGAGCUGGGUGAAUGGAAUAUGAAUGACAGUCAUCCAAUAUGCUGUAAUAGAAGUAAGGCCAUGCUCAUAAAAAAAUCAUCGUCUUCCCUAAUCUUAAAACGACACCAACCGCCACUGAUUCACAGCAAUAUUUUCCACCAAUUUUUCUACUGUCCUUUUAUUUUUUAUUUAUUGAAAAGGGACAGACAUUAGUGAAUGGGAGACAGGUGGAGUGGGAUUCGUUCCUACGCAGGCAGGGGAUUGAAUACGUGCCGAGGUCAGCUUUAACCACACAACGAUCCUCAGGAACACUCCUACACUGAUAGUCUCUCCUCUCCAGGGCGAAGCAGCUAGCUGGUUCCUGUGUACAUCUGCGUCGCGGCCCCAGGGCCGUGUUCUCUCGGGUUCUCCUCCUCUUCUCCCUUAACAGACGGGCUGGAGGAGGAGGAGACGGCCGGACGGGGGUCAGGGUCGGCUCCACACCAUCCUACUGGUCAACUCUGGCCAGCUGGCUUUCCCUGACUACACCGUACAGCGCAGAGCCAAACUGUUCCUGGAUAGAGAAGAUCUUAUC